UCGUUUUGUUACGCACGUAAUUACUGACAAUACUUUUUAACUGUGAGGAGUCAGACGGAACUACUCAGUUCGGUCACCAGCAGCCAUCGUGAAAGGAAGGGAGCUCUCGAGGACCAUGGCGACCCUUCGCUUGGUUGCAGUUUUACAACUCUGUUUAAUAACAGUCGCUUUGUCAGCUGAAGAGUAUGUUACCGUGGACAUAGAAGAAGGCACCUUGAGAGGUCGGAUGUCGGAAACGUAUACAGGCAAACCCAUGUUCAGGUUUGAAGGUAUUCCGUAUGCAGAACCACCAGUUGGAGAUCUCCGAUUCCAGCCACCGGUGAAAAAGUCGGCGUGGACUGGCGUGAAAGACGCCCUGGCCGCGGGAGAGAGGUGUCCUCAGUACAGCGGCUCGGAAGCGGCUGGCGGCGAGGACUGCUUGUUCCUUGACGUGUUCGGUCCAGGGACGCCAACGCGGAAUGGAACACUGAAAAAUGUAAUAUUUUAUAUCCAUGGAGGAUGUUUCACAAAAAGAUCUAGUACUGCGAGACCACAUUAUUAUGUGGACCAGGAUGUCAUAAUCGUCACCAUCAAUUAUCGACUGGGACUUCUGGGUUUCCUAAGCACCGGCGAUGAAGUGGUCCCUGGGAACAUGGGUCUUAAGGACCAGACAGAGGCACUUCGCUGGGUGCAGAGGAACAUAGAGGCGUUUGGAGGUGAUCCACAAAAAGUAACCAUCUUAGGUCAAAGUGCCGGAGGUGCAUCCGUUCAUUACCACGUUCUGUCUCCAUUGAGCAAAGGUCUGUUUAAGAGCGCCAUAGCGAUGAGUGGAUCAGCAUUAAACCCUUGGGCAUUCACGAAAAACGCUUCAGACAGAGCAGUGCGGUAUGCCAAACAUCUGGGCUAUACUGGAAAAAGUUCUACUGAUCUUCUCAAUUUUUUCAAGAGUGCAAAUGUGACUAUAUUAGGGACAGACCAAAAUUCUGCUCUAUCGGAAGAGGAUAAGCUCAGUUUGUUCACCUGUGUCUGGUCACCGACCGUCGAACCGCAACACGACGGUGCCUUUUUGGCGGAAUUGCCGUGGACGCUUGUCGCUGAAGGCCGCUACAAUCUGGUUCCUUUCAUGGCUGGUAAUAAUGACCUCGAACAACUGAAGCAAACACAGAGGGGUGGUAUAUUAUCCACUGGAUCACAAAUAAGCAACUUGAACAAGAACUUUGACGAGAUUGUGGGGUGCGAUCUACGACUUCCGACGAGGGAAGAACGGCUCGAAGGUGCUGCUUCCGUCAAAGAGUUCUACUACAACGGCAGCGACAUCACACUGACGGAUAACUACACCACCGCUCUAUUCGAUUCGCAUCUCUUUUUUGUGGAAGGAUUGGACGCUGCUGUUAAGAGCAUGGCUAACUAUUCUUCAAAGCCUGUCUUCCAGUACCUGUUUUCGUUCGUUGGUCCUCUCAGUGCAUAUCCUGGCGGCCCAGGUGCAGCUCACUCCGAUCAGGUGCAAUACAUGCACGCAUCAAACUCUCUGGAUCCUGAUUCGGAUGGAGGUAUAAUCCGGGCUCAGAUGAUAACUAUGUUUACAAACUUUGCUAAAUAUGACAAUCCAACCCCGGAACUGACAUCCACACUAACGGAGACUUGGAAGGAGUACGACAAAUCAUCCCCUUACUAUCUGGAGAUAACGAGACCUCUUCGCCUCAGAACUAACUUUUUCGAACCAUACAUGACCUUUUGGCACAACCUGCUGCCGUAAAGACAUAUCGUGUCAGUAAUAAGCAUAGUAAAACAAUUUCGCAAUAGUUGCCACUUGGUUAAAUGGAAAAUUUCAAGAGCAACAUUUUGGUGCACUAUUACAGAUAAUGACGUAUGUUAGUACGGAAUACAUAUAUUCAGACGGCAGAAACUAUUUAAUAUGAAGUAUUGUAAAUUCACAUUGUUCUGCACUGAGCCAGUUUACAGUAAUAGUGCUGCAGUCUUCAGGGACACAGUUGUACUAAACUGCUAGUAUGUUCGCAAGCUGUACCCUAACUUUUCUUAACUUGUAUUGUGAAAAA